CAGUUUGGCAGAUGGGACACUUUUUCUUGGAGUUUAUGUCUUCAGUUCUUAACUUCUGGGAGUGCCUGGAGUCGUUGCCGUCUCCCCCUCUCUCCUUUCUCCCGAAACCAUGGCCCAUCGGCUGCGGUUUCAUUUUGGCUCCGGACGAAGCAACACAGCUCCUGAAUCGGAGAGCCUAGACCGUGAGAGAGAAGAUGAUGACUUUUUCAUGGCAUUCCACACUUUGCCGAGACGCAACGGGCCUCACCCGUUCUCCAGGCACAGAAUGGAUUAUGGCGACGAGGGGGGCACUUUGCAGGAAGCCGGUUCCUUGAAAAGGAGCACAUCCAUGUUUAUUCCUCAGCUUCUGAACAACAUUGAUGCGCGCCCCACAAGAAGCUCGUCCAUGCUGAUCUCCCUUCAGCGCAAGGCUGUCAACGGGCAUGCCGAUGAGUGUGGGGGCUUGGAGUCCCCCCCGGAGGAGACAUGUAACUUCUCAGAUUUAGGGGAGCAUUACGCGUCACUUGUCGGAAGCCGUUCUUCUCCAACUAGUCCGCAGGUAACCCCAGAGAAUUCUCCACCCACACAGCCUGAGAACAUUGGACGUGAGGUUAAUGGAGGGUCUUCUAACCACCGAAUAUUUUGUACAAUACCUUCCAAUAACUGGAAUGACAAUGGUGCAACCACCACUCAAGAUGAUGACACAAGCAAAGCAGCACUGGACUUAAACAUUAGCGGGGUAAGGAUUCAGCACCGAGCUUCAAGUGUGGACAUGCCCCAUGUUACGCUGAUGCCGUUCAGUUCAGAAGCUCAGCAUCAUGCGUCUGCCUCUGAACCCAGGCGCUGGUCUCUGCAGCAUCUGCCAGAUGGGUCCGCCAAUUCAGGGAAAAAGUUAUUUGUUUUCCAACUGCAGCAGCCUCAGUCAAACAAUGUAGGAACAGAUUACAAUUUUGGUUUUACCGGAACAAAAGGGGAUCGGUUGGUCAGGUAUCCACGGAUACGCCUGGAGAGGAGUACCUCUUAUCCAGUGCAGCUGCAACCAGAACGGGUUAGCCCCAUGGAGGACAAUGGUGUGAAUCUGGCACUUCAUGGAAACAGCACAAAUGGUUCUGAAAUAUCCCAAAGCAAUUCUGUGGAGCGGGUUUCUCCAGGGCAAGGGUGCACUUUUAAAAUCUGCCCGGAUCAAAAUUCAAGGCAGCAACACUUCAGAAUUCUUGUAACUCGCGGGACUAAUGAGAAAGGUCAGGCUUCUGGAAAGGAAAAUCCUAGUGUUCCUGGUUCUGUGGCAAGCAACUCCUCAACCAGAGACGACUUCCUGGGUCAAGUGGAUGUACCACUUAAUCAUCUUCCGACUGAAGAUCCAACCAUGGAAAGACCUUAUACAUUUAAAGAUUUCCUUCUUAGGCCAAGAAGUCACAAAUCUCGAGUAAAGGGGUUUUUGAGGCUGAAGAUGGCUUACAUGCCAAAGAAUGGUGGCCAAGAAGAAGACAGCGAUCAGAGGGAAGACUCUGAGCAUGGCUGGGAAGUAGUAGACUCCAAUGAUUCUCCCUCUCAGCGCCAGGAGGAGCUGCCACCACCUCCUUUGCCUCCUGGAUGGGAAGAAAAAGUGGACAAUCUUGGGCGUACCUAUUACGUCAACCAUAACAACCGGACAACACAAUGGCACCGACCAAGUUUAAUGGAUGCGACAUCCGAAUCAGACAACAACAUCAGGCAGAUAAAUCAAGAGGCGGCCCACCGAAGGUUUCGAUCCAGGAGACACAUUAGUGAAGACUUAGAUCCAGAGCCUUUGGAAGGUGCCGAGAUACCUGAACCUUGGGAAACCAUUUCAGAAGAAGUGAAUGCAAGCAGCGAUUCCUUAAGCCUAUCCUUGCCACCCCCACCAGCUUCGCCCAUCUCUCGGACCAGCCCUCAAGAGCUGUCAGAGGAACUGAACCGAAGGUUUCAGAUCACUCCUGAUUCCAAUGGGGAACAACUCUCUUCUAUGAUUCAAAGAGAUCCUUCAGCAAGGUUAAGGUCUUGCAGUGUAACUGAUGCAGUUGCCGAACAGUCCCAUUUAUCACUAUCAAGCGGCCCAUCUAGGAGAGUUCGUUCUUCAACUGUCACUGGUGGUGAAGAGUCAACGCCAUCAGUGGCCUAUGUACAUACUACACCGGGCUUACCUUCGGGCUGGGAAGAGAGGAAAGAUGCUAAGGGACGUACUUAUUAUGUCAAUCAUAACAAUCGAACCACAACUUGGACUCGACCUAUCGUGCAGCUUGCUGAAGAUGGCGCAUCUGGGUCAACAUCAAACAGUAACAACCAUCUAACUGAGCCUCAGAUAAGACGGCCUCGUAGCCUCAGUUCUCCCACAGUUACAUUAUCUGCACCACUUGAGGGGCUUGCUAAGGACUCUCCUGUGCGAAGAGCUGUGAAGGACACCCUUUCCAACCCACAGUCUCCGCAGCCAUCUCCGUAUAAUUCUCCAAAACCACAGCAUAAAUUGACACAAAGCUUCUUACCUCCUGGCUGGGAGAUGCGAAUAGCACCUAACGGCAGACCUUUCUUUAUCGACCAUAAUACAAAGACCACUACUUGGGAAGAUCCACGGCUGAAAUUCCCAGUACACCUGCGAUCAAAAGCUGCUUUGAACCCUAAUGACUUGGGUCCUCUUCCUCCUGGUUGGGAGGAAAGGAUACAUUUGGACGGAAGAACGUUUUAUAUAGAUCAUAGAAGCCAGGUGUUGAUAUGUGGCGACAUUCAUACCCGAGACUUAGUGCCCUCCUACGAUAAUAAAAUUACCCAGUGGGAAGAUCCCAGGCUGCAGAAUCCUGCUAUUACUGGUCCAGCUGUUCCCUAUUCCAGAGAGUUUAAACAGAAAUAUGACUACUUCAGGAAGAAAUUAAAGAAACCAGCUGAUAUACCAAACAGAUUUGAGAUGAAACUCCACAGAAAUAAUAUUUUUGAAGAAUCAUACAGAAGGAUCAUGUCCGUGAAGAGACCGGAUGUAUUAAAAGCCAGACUCUGGAUAGAGUUUGAGUCAGAAAAGGGCCUUGACUAUGGAGGUGUGGCCAGGGAAUGGUUCUUCCUCUUGUCCAAGGAGAUGUUCAAUCCUUAUUAUGGGCUUUUUGAAUAUUCAGCAACGGACAACUAUACUCUUCAGAUCAAUCCUAAUUCAGGUCUUUGUAAUGAAGACCAUUUGUCUUACUUCACCUUUAUUGGACGAGUCGCUGGACUGGCAGUGUAUCAUGGGAAGCUUUUAGAUGGUUUCUUCAUUAGGCCUUUUUACAAGAUGAUGCUGGGGAAGCCAAUAACCCUGAAAGACAUGGAGUCAGUGGAUAGUGAAUACUACAACUCCUUGAAAUGGAUCCUGGAAAACGACCCUACAGAGCUGGAUCUCAUGUUUUGCAUAGAUGAAGAAAACUUCGGCCAGACAUAUCAAGUUGAUUUGAAGCCAAAUGGAUCAGACAUCAUGGUCACAAAUGAAAACAAAAGGGAAUAUAUUGACUUAGUCAUCCAGUGGCGAUUUGUCAACAGGGUUCAGAAGCAAAUGAAUGCAUUUCUGGAGGGUUUCACAGAACUCCUACCUACUGACCUAAUUAAAAUUUUUGAUGAGAAUGAGCUGGAGUUGCUCAUGUGUGGUCUUGGCGAUGUUGAUGUCAAUGACUGGAGACAACAUGCAAUCUACAAGAAUGGAUAUUGUCCAAACCAUCCUGUCAUUCAGUGGUACUGGAAGGCUGUUCUGCUGAUGGAUGCUGAGAAACGUAUCCGACUGUUGCAGUUUGUAACUGGGACGUCACGAGUGCCUAUGAACGGAUUUGCUGAACUUUAUGGUUCAAAUGGUCCUCAGCUGUUUACAAUAGAGCAAUGGGGAAGCCCUGAUAAGUUACCCAGAGCUCACACAUGCUUUAAUCGCCUUGACUUACCUCCGUAUGAAUCUUUUGAAGAAUUGCGGGAGAAGCUUCUCAUGGCCGUGGAAAAUGCUCAAGGAUUUGAAGGAGUGGAUUAAGAUAGCACCUGUUCCUGAUCAUUCUGAUUCUGAUUCUGAAAACAAAGAUUCUGUUCACAGCGCAAGUUCUGUGUGCACUUUCCGAUUGGCCUGACAAGAACAUUUUGCAAGAGACCAUGGCGGAACAGUUGCACCGUGGUUGGUUCAUGGAGCAAACUCUUGUACAGUGCAGAUGUCUAAAUCCAGCGAUUGGAAGUAACUUUCUCUCACCUGUGGAUAGUAUUUCUGAAAUUUUCCACGGCAAAUUACCAACUGGUUGAUGUGUACUCUGACUACAUUUCAGCAGGACUUGUUCUAUUUAUGUCGUGCCUCUGUAGGCAAAAGCCCUUAAUAAAUGUUUUACAUACUUUCUAAUGACAA